AUGAAACAUCUUGUUUUUCUUCUGUUACUUUCUUCUGUGUGUUUCUUAGCUUUGAGUGAAGUAGUAGAUAAUAAUUUCAGUAAAUGCAAGGAGUUCUUUUUGAACACCGCGCCUCCUGACUUCACACCACCAUGGGGCGUCUCAGUCAAGCCCAUCUGUCAGUGUAUUUGGGAUAACAAUGAUAAACAAAUGUAUAUUUAUGCAACUUUGUACAGCACUAAACAAAUGUAUCUUUAUGCAACGUUGUACAGCACGACCUGGAAGAUCCCCGUCUACUCCGCAUAUGUGUUUCGUGAAAGCAAAAGUAUUGGGAGAUGUGAUGUCUGGUACAUUGAACCUCAGCUGGAUGGAGAUACUGAGCCAUGUAUGCGGCCUAAAGGCUACGGUACAAAUAUUGGCACUAAUCAGGCUGUUAAUAGGGACUAUGAGAAAUCUGGCUAUGACAAAGGUCACCUCUAUCCCGUGCUCCACACCGACAAUCAUCUGUCAAUGCUGGCCACAUCCACACUGACCAACGCGGCUCCGCAGAAUCCAGAUUUCAAUCGGAAUGCAUGGCUAAGACAUGAGGAAGCUGUAAUUGAAGACCUGGAAUCCUGUGAUGAGGCAGCUUAUGUGGUGACUGGUGUAGUUCCUGACACAAAAACCAUACCGAAUAAAAAAGUCACUGUGUCAAAGUAUUACUGGAGAGCCACCUGCUGUCUGAAGAACAGUCAGUACACUAGGAGCGGAGCAUGCACG